UCCAUUUUAACUCCGACACUCGGCGGAGGAGCAGCGGCUGGCAGCGAAUUCGGCGGCCGGUAGAGAGACGCUCUCCUGCGGCGGGACUCUGGCUCUGACCCCGGCGGUGGAACACGCUCUUCUCGGCCUGAAUCGACCUUUUUUCGGGAUGGAGGUGCUGCGGCAGGACGCAGCCGGAGCGGCAGUGGAUUUGUGAGGAUUUAACGGCUCUGUGUUUCCUGCGGUGAAAUUUCCCCCAUUGAGAGGAGCCGAGGAAGAGGAGGAGACUGUGUUUCGGGUGCUCAGGUUCUCUGCGAGAAUGCGACAGUGAGCAUGCUCAGAACCCUGAUCGUUACCAUGGUGAUAACUGGCGGCCACGCGUGCAGCGAUCAGGACAACUGCUCGAACGACAACAGCGGGUCCAAAGAUUACUGUUACUCAGCCCGCAUCCGCAGCACCGUGCUGCAGGGGCUGCCCUUCGGUGGCGUGCCCACCGUGCUCGCCCUCGACUUCAUGUGCUUCCUGGUGCUCCUCUUCGUCUUUUCCAUUUUACGGAAAGUUGCGUGGGAUUAUGGCCGUCUGGCGCUGGUCACUGACGCUGACAGAUUGAAGAAGCGUUUCAGCGACCUGGAGGAGCGGGAAUAUGUUGCCUCGGCGAUGCACUCAGAGACGCCCGACCGCUACGAACGCCUCACAUCGGUGUCCAGCUCCGUUGACUUUGACCAGAGAGACAAUGGUUUCUGCUCGUGGCUGACGGCCAUCUUCAGAAUAAAAGAUGAGGAGAUUCGUGAGAAAUGUGGCGAGGAUGCUGUUCACUACCUUUCCUUCCAGCGUCACAUCAUCGGCCUGCUGGUCGUGGUCGGGGUCCUCUCUGUCGGCAUCGUCCUGCCCGUGAACUUCUCUGGAGACCUGCUGGUCCGAAUUAUCAGUAAAGAUGUUUUCUUCAGCCAAGGAGCUCCCGGACCUCCUUCCAAGGAAGAAAACAAUGCCUACAGCUUCGGACGCACCACGAUAGCCAACCUGAAGUCUGGGACAAAUCUGCUGUGGCUGCACACCACGUUUGCCUUCAUGUAUCUGCUGCUGACCGUCUACAGCAUGAGGAGGCACACGUCCAAGAUGCACUACAAGGAGGACGACCUGGUGAAACGCACUUUAUUCAUUAAUGGCAUCUCUAAGUACGCAGAGGAGAGCCAGAUCAAACAGCACUUUGAGCAGGCAUAUGAGAACUGCACGGUGCUCGAGGCUCGGAUCUGCUAUAACGUGGCCAAACUGAUGGCUCUGAACGCCGAGAGGAAGAAGACAGAGCGCAGCAAGAAGUUCUUCACCGAUCUGAUGGCAAAGGAACACGUUCCCACCAUGAUCAACCCCAAACCGUGCGGACACCUCUGCUGCUGCGCCAUCGCCGGCUGUGAGGAGGAGGAGGCGGUCAGCUACUACACUAAGAGGGAGGCCAAACUCAAGGAGGAGUACAGGAAGGAGAAGGAGAAGGUCCACACCAAGCCACUGGGCAUGGCCUUUGUCACCUUCCAAAAUGAGGCCAUGACUGCCAUUAUUUUGAAGGACUUUAAUGCCUGUCAGGUUCAGGGCUGUCGAUGUCGUCAGGAGCCACGUUCCUCUCAGUUCAGUGAGGUUCUUCAUGUUCACAACUGGAGCGUUACAUACGCGCCCGACCCACAGAAUGUCCGCUGGGAGCACCUAUCACUGGGUGGGAUCUCCUGGUGGAUUCGCUGCUUCAUCAUCAACUGCAUCCUAUUCAUCCUGCUUUUCUUCCUCACCACACCUGCGAUCAUCAUCUCCACCAUGGACAAGUUCAACGUCACCAAGCCUGUGGAGUAUCUCAACAACCCCAUCGUCACUCAGUUCUUCCCUACCCUGCUGCUCUGGGCUUUCUCUGCUCUGCUGCCCACCAUCGUCUACUACUCUGCUUUCUUCGAAGCUCACUGGACCAGGUCUGGAGAAAACAGGACGACCAUGCAUAAAUGUUACACCUUCCUGAUCUUCAUGGUUCUGCUGCUGCCGUCUCUCGGACUCAGCAGUCUGGACGUUUUCUUCCGCUGGCUCUUUGAUAAGAAGUUCCUGGAUGAUGGUACAGUCAGAUUUGAGUGCGUCUUUCUGCCAGAUAAUGGUGCUUUCUUCGUCAACUACGUUAUCGCCUCUGCAUUCAUUGGAAACGCCAUGGACCUUCUAAGGAUCCCCGGCUUGCUCAUGUACAUGAUCCGGCUGUGCCUGGCUCGCUCUGCUGCCGACCGCCGCAAUGUCAAGAGGCAUCAGGCCUACGAGUUUCAGUUUGGAGCAGCGUACGCCUGGAUGAUGAACGUCUUCACAGUGGUGAUGGCCUACAGCAUCACCUGCCCCAUCAUCGUCCCCUUCGGUCUGAUGUACAUGCUGCUGAAACACCUGGUGGACAGAUACAACAUGUACUAUGCCUACCUGCCCUCCAAACUGGACAAGAAGAUCCACUCUGGAGCUGUCACCCAGGUGGUGGCCGCACCCAUCCUCUGCCUGUUCUGGCUGUUCUUCUUCUCCACCGUACGCACAGUGGUGCUGAUCGUCACUAUUGUGGUCUGCCUGUCGCACGUCUGCUUUGGACACUUCAAGUACCUCAGCGCUCACAACUACAAGAUCGACACUAAGGAGAACGACGUGGACGCUGUCGAGAACGGACGUCCAGCUCGUCCCUCGUCCUCUCCCACGACCAAAUCUCAGCAGCAGCAGCAGAUGUACAUCGCCCAGGUGCUCCAGGACCCAAACUCAGACGAGCCUGGCGGUGGCAGCAGCGAGGAGGACCGAGGCUCAUCCCAGGACGAGGAGAUGCUGAACGGAGGGAACAGCAUCAAUGAGGCGGAUUUCCAGUCGGGGGAGGACAGUCUGAUCGCCAACGAAGUCCACCAGUAGCUGGAGGUGGUGCUAGAGGGAGGGGGCGGAGCUAGUAGAGGGUUAUACCCCCACAACAGUUACAAAUAAAACUGACUGGAAAAUCACUACACCCAUAAACACUCAUACAGUAGAUCGACACGGUUAGCUCCACCCCCUCUCAGCCUGAAGACUUGACCCUGACCUUUGAUGACGGCGCCGGGCGCCAACAUCCAGUCCUGCACGCCUGUGGAACCCUAAAGGACGGAAGACUGUGUCCACAGGAAGCCACUGUAUAUAAUCACAAAGCCAAAAGUUUUUUUUCUUGGGUUGGGUGGGCGGGAUUUAAAAAUUUGUGCCUGGGCUGGAUUUUGUUUGUUCGCACUCGUGUCUUGACUUCUGAUCCACUGUGGGUCACCUGAGCUCACCCCCUCCACCCCCCAUGGGGUGAGAGCUGAUGCUAACGCUGUCUUUUUUUUUUUUUUUUUUUUUUUUUUUUUCUCUGCAUAGUGAUUGCCUCCAAAAAAAACCCGCUACCCAUACUCCAGAAUCAGAGCACGAAAUAACUUGCCAACUGCCAGUUCUUGUAGUCUUAGAAAACUCGCUGACACAAACGCAUCGCAGUCCCUGCUUCCUGCUGGCUUGUCCUCCGUUGUUCUGUGACCCUUAAUGCCGGUACAAUCAACGGAUCACUUGGGAGUUUUUUGUUUUGUUUUUUUUUACCUGCAUGCUAAUAGAAGUGCUGUCUGGAUUAACAUCGUCACACCUUUGGACGAUGUCAUUCAUCACAGGACUGUGCUGGCCUGGGAACAUGCUAAACUUCCUCCCGCCUGCUGGACCAGGAUGUCCAGCGCCACCGCUUCAGUUGGAUUGCUCCUCGCCACCGGACUACAGGACUCCACACAACCAUGCUUUCUUUUUUGGUUUGAGUUCACCUGGACUACCUUAAAUCGUGAACACCUGACAAAGGGAACGGGGAUGUUUGUGUCUGUGUAGGCUUAGCAAUCAAAACUCUUUUCAAAGGUGGGAUAAACUUUGUGAAGACUCUGAUUCUUCCGGCAGCAGCAGCAGGUAGUUUGGUGUCGGGCAGACGCAGAAGAGCAGCGCUUUUCGUCUGGACGUUCUACCUGAACGCCCAAAGCUGUCAGGACACUCAAGGGAAAUAUUUUCUGUUCUGAAGUGUGUGCUGUCCAUCUAUCUGUCCGUGUUAGUUUCUUAUAACAUCAUCACCAGGUAACCAGUAACGUCAUCCGUCUACUGUAGAAUCAGGUCAACAAAAUGAUCAAUUUGGUACAAAAGUUCAGAAAUAUAUAAUCACGCUUUCUCAUCUUUGCACACAUCAAUAAAGUUUUAUACUGAGUCAGACUGGAGCGAAGAGAUGGACACCGGUUUCAUCUCUCAUGAUACAAGGCGCUCCUUCUGCAUUUCCAUCGAUGAGCCACAGCAUUCUAGAUGCACCGCCUUCAGACAAAUAAUCAGUUUAUCUGUUAAUAUUAUAACUACUGUUUUGAGCUAAUUAGCUGGGUUUAUGUGAUUGAAGUCGACGAACGGGCGCUAACCCUAGGCUAGCUAGAACGACCAGCUAAUAACUGAUGUUUCUGUCCACGAAGCCAUACAGAACUAGUUCUCAAAAAGAAAAAAACACACACACUGGCCCUUUUACUUGUUAGUGCGUGUCUUUAUUGCUACUACCAUAGUUUGUUGUCCUGAUAGUGCAGCGUUAGCCUAGCUCUGGCUCCAGUUAAACUCACCCGAUUAGCUCCUUAGCCAGAUGGUACAAAUGCAGGAAUAAACCUGCAUAGACUUCAACUUGUUCGUAGCUUCUCACUCGCACCAGUGGAUGGUUUAGAACCAGGAAAAGAGCUGCUGAGUCAUCAUAAGCAUUGAGCGUAUAACUCGCUGGUGAAACACAGGACUGGCACAUUGUUAGCUGUUUGCACGCAGGCUACAGCGAGCCAGCUACCCCUGGGUUAGCAGUCGCUUAAGUGAACCUGUUUCUGGUUGAAGGUAAGACUAUUGUUAGUUCCCCAGCUCUGUGCGUGAUGAUAGCAGAAUCACCCUGUAGGGAAGCAGAGAUGAAACCGAUCACCAUCUGAAAUACAGUCUGUUUGACCCGUCGAUUUAUUUCUCCUCAGCGUGUCCUCAGCUGCAGAUCUUUUUCAGGAUGGAUCCUCGCCACAUGAUGACAUUUGCCAGCUGGGUCUAUGAGCGCACAUUAGAUAAAAGCCGAUAAAUGAUCCAGCAGCGUUGCAAGAAGAGCACUUUGACACAUACUCUGGACUAAAGGCGAAGAUCACUGCCCACGUGGCGAACUCCCAGUCUGUGGACUUCCUGUUCCACAGGGGGCGCUCACAAGCUCAUCCAGAAUGAAUGGAGCUGCAGAACAAAGUGGUUCACCCUGUUUUUGAUUAAAAAAAAACCCUGAGACUAGGGCAUCCCGUUUUUAGAUGUCUUACUGGUUUCUGAGAGAAUCAGCCACAGACUGCAGAAAGAUGGGCAGAGCUACUGUGGUGUGAGCCGCAGAAGUCCUGCUUUGAAGCCUUGUUUCCACUAUCGGCUGUGAUGAGAAGGGGCAGAUGUGACAGUGAAACCACACACUCUUUGGCUAACGACUUGUGAUUGAUAAUCUUCCAUUUUGAAUCAUUGUAUGACCAAUAUCUACAACAUGGGGUUAAAUUUUUUUUAUUCAGUAUGAUCCAAAAUAAGUGACAGAGGUCAGAAAGCUGCUUUCUCAAGGACUGGAAGCCUUUUUGCAGCUGCGGCUAGUGCCCCCUGGUGCCCACAGAGGGAAUGCAGGUUUAAGGCAUGUCCACACUGGCUUGAUUUUGAAACCAUCUGUGGUCACAGCACCACCAGCCGCUUUACAGUGUCCUCCAUUUUGAUUUGGGUAUAAAGGGAGCAGCAGCCUCCUGACAGUAUCACCUUCAGCUGCCACAACUAGCUGCUGCUUCUACACACAGUUUCUGCUGGGCUUUAACUUUGCUCCUAAGGUCUGCCGGAGUUAGUAUUUAGAAACGGGCACCAUCAGGGAGGACAUGCUAUCCUAAGUCGUUAAUUGACCAAUCAUCACGCAUUAGCAGGACAUAGAAGAGUCACUUUAUUUGUGGAAAUUAAAUGCUUUUAUCUGAAAGCAACUGGACGUUUACAGUUUUUCACAGAGGACAAGCUCCGAGCGCCCCCUCUGUGAACUGAGGUUAGCUCAGAGGAGGUGAACAGGCUGUCUCGCCCUCCACAUGGUAGUUUUAGUUGAGCCUUUUGGAGCAAUGGGGUGCUUAUGUGCCCCCUGGUGGACAGACGUAUUAAUGGCUCUUUGCUCAUGGCUGUCUUUACAUUUCUGCCCCCUGGUGGACAGAUGUGGAAAACAUCGUGUUGCAGCUGCUUCUCUGCAUGAAUGCUAAAAGUUUGAAAAACAAGUGGAAACUGACCUGGCUGGCGGUGACAUCACAAACAAAGGGUGGAGGGGCGUGGCUUUCGCACAGUAACAGUUCUUUAUGUUUGAGUGUAGCAAUGGAACAGCGAGGAGGUAGUCUCAGGUGUGUGUAUGUGUGUUUGUUUUCCUAAAACAAUGUUUACAUCAGAUUAUGUUGAUUCUUUUUGUUUGGUGUGUGUGUGUGUGUGUGUGUGUGUGUGUGUGUGUGUGUGUGUGUGUGUGUGUGUGUGUGUGUGUGGGGACACAGAGCUGGACUAUGAAAGCUGCAGCUGCCGGCUCGCUGGCAUCAGCAGGCGGCUGCACGCUGGAGCUCUGCAGCGUCGUGUCCGGGUGUUGUGUUCUUUGUUGUCGACUCGCGGUGCGGCGUCGACUUCCCUGCCGCUCCGCCCAAGAUUGUACGCACAUGAACCUGAAGGAGGCAGAGAGCCUAGGUGCGAGUCUGAGACUUGAGGUUCAGCUCAGCAGCUCUGAGGAAGUGACCUGCUUCCUGUUCCUGUUUGAGAUCCGGUCUGUGGGAGGACCAGACACUGAUGUUCGGGCUUCGUGAGUCCAGCCGAACUCUGGGUGUCGGACCCAGCAGAACUGAACGCGAGCCCUCGGGCCUCAGAGGUCAAGGGCUGCUGGAGAGCUGCUGAGCGACCUGUGACUGUUAUAUUUUGCACCGUGCUGACUUGAAGGUUUCUAAAAAUGAGCCACUGCUGUUUUGUUUUUUGGGUUGGUUUUUUUUUUUUUUUUUUUUUUUUUUAAAUAAAGUUCCUCCUGAAGUUCCUGAAAUGUGAAGAAGAAUGUGAAGUGAGGCGUGAAACGAGUGACAAAUGUGUAUAAAAUGAGUGUAAAUAGCCAUCGAACUGCAGUCUGUUGUCUACGUCCUGCUUUAAUUUAUUGCUGUGACUCUAUUUAUUUGGACUUUGGUUUGUGUACAGUGACACCUUCGUCCUAUUUAUGUUCCUGAUCAAUAAAGUUCAAUUUCAUCC